AUAGACGUAGUUUCGUUUUCAACUGCCAGUAGAGUCUAGGUUAACUUUACUUCGAAGUGCGAAUAUCGGCAUUUUAUGUGACUGAAGGAAAAGUGUUUCGUUUGGAACUUACAAAACAGCAGGCCCGAAAGACUGAUAUUGAUGAUGAUGAUUAAAUUAAAGUGCAGAACAUCAUGGUCUGUUUGCUUUGCUUUGAAAAGGCAUUUGGCUCAUUCUGGAAGAGCGUAUUAUUCUAAUGCAGCAGAGCGUAAGAAUGAGAACACAUUUGAUGUGAUUGUUGUGGGAGGAGGUCAUGCAGGAACCGAGGCUGCGUGUGCUUCAGCGAGAAUGGGAGUCAACACACUGCUGCUGACGCACAAACUGAGCACCAUUGGAGAAAUGUCAUGCAACCCAUCUUUUGGUGGCAUUGGGAAGGGACAUCUGAUGAAAGAAAUUGAUGCUUUAGGAGGAGUAUGUGCCAGAAUAUGUGACAAAUCAGGGGUGCAGUACAAGAUGCUCAACAAAAAGAAAGGUCCUGCAGUUUGGGGUCCUCGAGCUCAGAUUGAUCGAGAACUGUACAAGCGCCAGGUUCAAGAGGAGGUUUUGGCUACGCCCAACCUGACCGUGCGUGCUGCAGCCGUGGAGGAUCUGGUCACUCAAGAAGGUCCAUCGGAGUCUGGCUCUAGCGUGCAGUGCUGUGGGGUUGUUCUAGAUUCUGGGGAAGUAAUUCCCUCUUCGACGGUCGUGUUGACUGCUGGGACCUUCCUGCGUGGUAGCAUCAACAUCGGCUUAACUCAACGACCUGCAGGGAGGAUUGGAGAUGAACCGGCUGUUGGUCUAGCCAGGACAAUUGAGAAAGCUGGGUUCACCAUGGGCAGACUCAAAACAGGUACACCUCCUAGACUGGACAAAAGAAGCAUUGACUUCAGCUGUACGGAGGUGAAGCCAGGCGAUGAGAGACCCAUGCCUUUCUCCUUCAUGAACGAGACUGUUUGGAUUAAGCCUGAGGACCAGCUUCCCUGUCACAUGACUCGAACCACAGACCAAGUGGCUCAGGUCGUAAGGGACACGCUACACCUCAACAGACAUGUACAGGAGGAGAUUAACGGACCUAG